AUCACAAUGUUGCAACUUCAAAAUCCGUAGGAGGAAGAACGUUUAAGAUGUAGGACUCACUCGUUUCCAUUCGUAGUGAAGGGCAAGCAGUUCACCAGAAAUCAUGUUCGGUUUCAAGGUUUUUGCGAUGUUCUACGCCUUCGUUACUUUGCUGAAUCAAGCGCACGGAAGAUUUGAAUUCUGUAAAUAUCCACCUUCAAAGUGGUGCGACACUGAGGAGAUUGCGGCUGAGUGUGGGGUGCUGGAGCAAUGCAUGAAGUUCAAUGUGACAAAGCCCAACGCUGACCUGGUGAAUGUGAGCCUGUACUAUGAAUCACUGUGCCCUGGAUGCAGACAAUUUCUAGUAAUACAGCUCCUUCCAACUUUCGUUAUGUUGCAAGACAUCAUGAACAUUGAGCUGGUUCCAUAUGGAAAUGCACAGGAAAAAACAGAAAAGGGCAAGUACACCUUUAUAUGUCAGCAUGGAGAAGGUGAAUGUCAGGGUAACAUGAUUGAAACCUGUCUGCUGAAUAAAUUAGGCUUUGAUGCUAUUCCAGUCAUUUUCUGCAUGGAGUCAGGAACAGAUGUGCUGAAAGCAGCCCAGCCUUGUCUUGGAAUCUAUAAACCUGAUAUAACAUGGGACUCAAUCAUGGAGUGUGUGAAGGGAGAUCUGGGCAAUAAGUUAAUGCACGAAAACGCAAUGAAAACAGAUGCACUGAAACCCUCUCAUCAGUAUGUGCCUUGGAUAACCAUCAAUGGGGAACACUCUGAAGAUCUUCAGGAUAAAGCGAUGAAUUCUCUCUUCAGUCUUGUGUGCAGCUUGUAUAAGGGUGAAAAAACAGCAGCUUGUACUCUUGGGCUGAAAAGGAAAACCAGCAGUUACUGCCUGAGCUAAUCAGUCCUUAAAUCUGAUUUAAGCACUACUUGUCAAGAAUUGAGUGAAUGUAUGAAACACAUUUGAUGUGCAACAUUCUGAAAUGUACAGUUGUUUGUUUUUCUUCUUUUUUGUCUGUGUGUGUGGGGGCUAUAUGAAUACACAAUUUUGGUAGAAUACAGUCAAAUAGACAUAACACAAUGACCUUUUAUGUGUGAACUCUUAAUUAUGUCAUUUUAUACCUUUUCUAUUGUGGACAAAAUUCAGUACAAAAUUGAAGAAAAUUUGUACUUAAUUACAGUUGUUUGUUAAUGGUCUUUGGAAAUGGUAAUUUGAUAAAGUAAACUUUAGUCAAAA